AUGCCGAACCCAGUGUGUGAGAGAGCAUUUGUGAUUGUGUGUGUUGUGUUUGCAGGGGCUCUCCAAAUCGAGAACAGCGAGGAAUCGGACCAGGGCAAGUAUGAGUGUGUGGCGGUGAACAGCGCAGGAACACGCUACUCCGCUCCUGCCAACCUCUACGUCAGAGACCAGCGGGAAGUCCGGCGAGUUCCGCCACGUUUCUCAAUCCCACCUACCAAUCACGAGGUGAUGCCGGGCGGCAGCGUGAACCUCACCUGUGUGGCGGUGGGCGCUCCCAUGCCCUAUGUGAAGUGGAUGAAGGGGGAACAGGAACUCACCAAAGAGGAGGAGAUGCCUAUUGGCAGAAGUGUGCUGGAGCUCACCAACAUCCGGCAGUCGGCUAACUACACCUGUGUGGCUAUAUCUUCCCUGGGCAUGAUCGACACCACGGCUCAGAUCACCGUCAAAGCUCUGCCCCGUCCUCCAACAUCUCUGAUCGUCACGGAAACCACUGCCACCAGUGUAACUCUAACAUGGGAUUCUGGCAACCCCGAACCCGUAUCCUACUAUGUGAUUCAGUACAGGGCCAAAGUCUCAGACAACGGCUUCCAGGAAGUAGACGGAGUGGCGUCAACGCGCUACAGCAUCGGUGGCUUGAGCCCGUACUCUGAGUAUGAAUUCCGCGUCAUGGCAGUCAAUAACAUCGGCCGCGGGCCGCCGAGCGGGGCGGUAGAGACCCAAACCAGUGAACAGGCGCCCUCGUCUCCUCCACUGCGCGUUCAGGCCCGGAUGCUGAGCGCCACGACCAUGCUGGUGCAGUGGGAACCUCCAGAGGAGCCCAACGGACAGAUACGAGGAUAUCGAGUGUACUACACGCCCGACAUGCACUUCCCGCUCAGCACAUGGCAGAAACACAACACAGAGGACAGCAGCCUGACCACUAUCUCCGGCCUGGUACCUGACAUCACGUACGGCCUCCGCGUGCUGGCCUUCACCUCUGUGGGAGACGGACCGCCCUCGGACAUACUGCAGGUUAAAACACAGCAAGGAGUGCCGGCGCAGCCCACUAAUUUUGAAGCAGAGGCAGAGCUCGACACCCGGAUCAUGCUGUCAUGGCUGUGGCCCGUCCAGGAUCAGAUCACCAAAUAUGAGCUCACGUACUGGGAGGCCGGCACUGACAACAAGCACCAUGUCAUCUUUUACCCAGCUGGUUCAUAUGCUGUUGAAAGCCUGAAGCCAGACACACUCUACAAGUUUACUCUAGCCGCGCGCUCUGAGAUGGGACUCGGGGUGUACACACAGUCCAUAGAGGCUCGGACGGCCCAGUCCAUGCCUGGUGCCCCUCCACGCAGGGUUGAGGUGGACAAUGUGAACUCCACGGCCCUGCGGGUGUCCUGGAAGCCUCCUCUGCAGCAGAAGCAGCAUGGACAGAUCCGCGGCUACCAGGUGGUUUACUCACGGCUGGAGAACGGAGAGCCGCGCGGACAGCCCAUCAUACUGGACGUGGCCUUGCCCGAGGCACAGGAGGCCAUCAUCACCAGCCUGCUGCCUGAAACCACAUAUUCAGUGACUGUGGCGGCAUACACCACUAAGGGAGAUGGAGCACGCAGCAAAGCUAAAGUGGUGACCACAACAGGGGCUGUUCCUGGCAAGCCCACCAUGAUCAUUAGCACCACCAUCGGGAACACAGCUCUGAUCCAGUGGCAGCCGCCGAAAGAGAUGGUGGGCGAACUGAUGGGUUACAGACUACGCUAUAAGCGUGAAGAAGAGGAGACUUACAGCACCCGUGACUUCAGACGCGCCGAUGACCACUUCACCGUCACUGGCCUGCACAAGGGUGCCACCUACAUCUUCAAGCUCUGCGCCAAGAACCGCGCGGGAAAUGGAGAGGAGUACAGUAAAGAGAUCAGCACCCCAGAAGAUGUCCCCAGCAGUUACCCACAAAACCUCAGAGUGGUGGGCCUGACAACCACCACCACCAAACUGGCCUGGGACCCUCCGCCUCUGCCUGAGAGGAACGGGAAGAUCAUACGUUACGUGGUGGUGUACCGUGACAUCAACAGCCAUCAGAACCACACCAACGAUACCGCCGAGAUGCAAAUGACCAUCCAGGGUCUGCAGCCGGACACCACCUAUGACAUCAGGGUGACGGCGUUCACGGGUAAAGGAGGGGGUCCAAUCAGCCCCAGCAUCCAGAGCAGAACCAUGUCUACAUCCAUGCCUGAGUUCACUAAAAACUUUGGUGUGAAAGCUGUGAUGAAGACCUCUGUCCUGCUCACGUGGGAGGUGCCAGAAACCUACAAGUCCCAAGUGCCUUUCAAGAUCCUGUAUAACCAGCAGAGCGUCGAGGUACAGGGCGACCUGAAGAGGAAGUUGAUCACGCGCCUGCAGCCGGACACGGAUUACUCCUUUGUGCUGAUGAGCCGUGGGAACAGCGCCGGCGGACUGCAGCAGCAGGUCUCUAUCCGCACCGCCCCGGACCUGUUCACCACCAAAUCAGCCCUUCACAAACAAGACCCAGAGGAGGGCGGCAAACUCACCAUCACUCUGCCCAAAAUACACAACAGCGCCCUCGUCAGUUGGUUUUAUAUAGUGGUGGUGCCAGUUACUACAUCCACUCUACGCCGUUGGGAAAACCCGGAGGAUAUGGAUCUGGAUGAGCUUUUGGGGAGUAAUGGAGACUCAGGUGUGAGGAAGAGAAGGAGGAGACAAACUCAGGACUUCCUGCGACCUUACAUCGCUGCCAAGCUGGAGUUUCUUCCAGAAACCUUCGUGUUAGGAGACGAGAAAACCUACAAAGGCUUCUAUAACAAACCUCUACCUGGACAGCAGCAGUAUCGCACAUUUAUAAUGGCGGCACUGAAAGACCGGGACUCGAUGUUCACGGUGAGCCCUUACUCUGAUCCCAUGAUGGUGAAGCUCCACAGCGGGAUGUCCCAUCAUGUUGAGGACCCAGAGAUGCUGUGGGUGAUGGGACCAGUGCUGGCCGUCGUCCUCAUCAUCAUCAUCGUCAUCACCAUCCUGCUCUUCAAGAGGAAGCGGUCCUCUCCCUCGGCUAAAGAUGAGCAUUCAGCUGGAGUUAAAGAUCACUUACUGGCCCACUCCUCUGACCCGGUGGAAAUGAGGAGGCUCAACUACCAAACACAAGGAAUGCGGGAACACCCUCCAAUUUCUGUCUGUGCUUUGGCUGACCACAUCGAGCGGCUGAAAGCCAAUGACGGCCUACACUUCUCACAGGAAUAUGAGUCUGUUGACCCUGGCCAGCAGUUCACCUGGGAAAACUCCAACCUAGAGGUCAACAAGCCCAAGAACCGCUAUGCAAACGUCAUCGCUUACGAUCACUCCAGAGUCGUGCUGAUCCCCAUUGAUGGUGUACCGGGGAGCGACUACAUCAAUGGAAACUACAUUGACGGCUACCGCAAGCAGAACGCUUACAUGGCCACUCAGGGUCCUCUGCCCGAGACGUUCAGUGACUUCUGGAGGAUGGUGUGGGAGCAAAGGGCCAGUACUAUCGUCAUGAUGACCAGACUGGAGGAGAAGAGCAGGGUGAAGUGUGAUCAGUACUGGCCGAGCCGUGGAACAGAGACAUACGGCAUGAUUCAGGUUUCCAUGCUGGACACGGUGGAGUUAGCCACCUACAGCGUCAGGACCUUCGCUCUCUAUAAGAAUGGGUCCAGUGAGAAACGGGAAGUUCGGCAGUUCCAGUUCAUGGCCUGGCCGGAUCACGGUGUUCCCGAAUACCCCACACCAAUUUUAGCCUUUCUACGCAGGGUCAAGGCCUGCAACCCACCUGACGCCGGACCCAUGGUGGUGCACUGCAGCGCUGGUGUGGGUCGGACAGGCUGUUUUAUCGUAAUCGAGGCCAUGCUGGAGCGGAUGAAGCACGAGAAGUCGGUGGAUAUAUACGGUCACGUGACCUGCAUGCGCUCUCAGAGGAACUACAUGGUGCAGACGGAAGAUCAGUAUAUCUUCAUCCACGAGGCCCUGCUGGAGGCUGCCACCUGCGGGAACACAGAGGUCCCGGCGCGGAGCCUGUACACACACAUCCAGAAACUCACGCAGGUGUCGCCCGGAGACACCGUCACUGCCAUGGAACUGGAGUUUAAGAAACUGGCCAACUCCAAAGCACACACCUCUAGAUUCAUCAGUGCUAGUCUGCCUUGCAACAAAUUCAAGAACCGACUGGUCAACAUCAUGCCCUUUGAGUCCAGCCGUGUGUGUCUGCAGCCAAUCAGAGGGGUGGAGGGGUCCGACUACAUUAACGCCAGCUUCAUCGAUGGAUACAGGCAGCAGAAGGCGUAUGUCGCCACACAAGGUCCUCUCUCUGAAACCACGGAGGACUUCUGGAGGAUGCUUUGGGAGCACAACUCCACCAUCGUGGUGAUGCUGACGAAGCUCAGAGAGAUGGGACGGGAGAAGUGUCAUCAGUACUGGCCUGCAGAGAGAUCCGCACGCUAUCAGUACUUCGUCGUGGACCCCAUGGCUGAAUACAACAUGCCGCAGUACAUCCUACGGGAGUUUAAAGUCACAGAUGCCAGGGAUGGCCAGUCUAGGACGAUCCGCCAGUUUCAGUUCACCGAUUGGCCAGAACAAGGAGUGCCAAAGACAGGAGAGGGCUUUAUUGAUUUCAUUGGCCAAGUCCACAAAACCAAGGAGCAGUUUGGACAGGACGGACCAAUUACUGUUCACUGCAGUGCUGGUGUGGGCAGAACAGGGGUCUUCAUCACUUUAAGUAUUGUUCUGGAGCGGAUGAGGUAUGAAGGAGUGGUGGACAUGUUCCAGACCAUAAAAACGCUCCGCACGCAGAGACCUGCCAUGGUACAGACCGAGGACCAGUACCAGCUGUGCUACAGAGCAGCUCUGGAGUACCUAGGCAGCUUCGAUCACUAUGCAACGUAACCACUCCCAGAAUGCCUCAGAACGGAGAGCCGCCACUUGUUUCUGAGCCUUAAUCAUCCUACCUAUUCAGUCACCAUUGCUGGAGGGAGAGAGAGAGACUGACAAACAGACAGAGAGAAACAGCAAAUCAGAAGAGAGGAGAAAUCACUGGAACUUCAGCGCAAUCCUGUUCCUCUUCUGAAAACAGCAACAAACGCUUCCUUCUGGUCUCUAAUGCCCAGCUCCUGUCUCUGUAUUACCUUACUGCUUUAUGAUUAUGAUCAUUUAAUUUCAUACCGAUCAUCAUCUGCCAUUGUUUUUAUUAUUAUUAGCAUCAUUAUUAUUAUUGUAUCAUCAUGACGAUUGCUAUAUCUGUCAGAAAAUACAAUAUUUGUAUCAUUUAUGCUGAUCAUUGCAUAUAUAAGGGGUUCUUAUAUUAUUAUUAUUAUUCCUUUAUAAUUUUUUCGUAUAUGUUCAGUUAUUUUUAGCAUAUGUGGACAUGUAUUUUCACAUGACCCAGGUUACUAAUACUUUAAGAGGUGUACUCAGAGCUGCUGAUGAUUUCUUACUUUUUAUCAUUAUUGUAUUUUAAUGAUCUACUUUUAUUUGGUGGGGAAAGGGGAUCUUUUAUAAAAUAUACAAUUAAAAACAACCUUUUCACCUCCUGAUACUUUAUAAAACAGCAUAAUCAAGUAUAAAAGAGUUGAAAUGCUUACAGCCGAGUUAGUGACCUUAAUGAACCUGCCGGCAUUAAGGACAACUGAAUAGACCAAUGAAAGGAGAGAACGCAGUCAGAGCCGUUUUGCUCUGAAUAGCAUUAAACAGACACUUUCUGGAAACCGUCCAUUCUCGAGUGAAAGAAAGACAAGAAAAAUGGUGUUCCUGCUGCCACGGCAAAGUUAUUAUCCCAUGCCGGGUCAGCUGAGGUCAAAGGUCAGCUCGUGCUGAACGGCCAGGCCUUGACCCGACAGACCUGCACACACAUGUACAGCCGUCACGUACCUCCAGUAGAACCACGGCCAUCCGUCAAUCGCUCAGACUAGCAGCUGAAGUGGGAAAAACUGCAGGAGAAAACAGACGGCUGAGGCUGGGAGUACAAAACCUCCUGAAAUCUCCACAUGUGGUAUUAACGGCCAUCCGAUCAUUUCUCACUGUGGCUCGUAAAGACAAAUCUCCCGUAAUGUCGCGACAGCAUCAUCAGACUGAAAAUAUGUGCAUACUCAAGUGUUUCUUUCCUCCUAUGGCCUGAGCACAAAGUAAGAUGAAAAAUGCGGACACGGGAAGAAUUCAUUUCACUUUGUGUUCGCAUAGAGACAAAACGGCAUUCAAUCUGUUGUACAGGCGGUCUGUUUUCUAUUUGUUAAUAAAAAGGAGAGAAAUAUGUGUUAA